AUGAGUUACCAACGUUUUAAGGACAACACAUUUUGUCGUUUGGAAAAACAAUACGUACAGAAAACUGAUAUACCGCGUUAUAUUAAUGUUGCUGUUGUGGGACUUUCUGGUGCAGAGAAAGAAAAAGGAGCAAUGGGAGUCGGUAAAUCAUGUCUAUGUAACAGAUUUAUGAGAUCAUCAUCCAAUGACUUCGAAGACGAUCAUAGUUCUUUACUAAGCAAUUCUGAUUUUAGUGGACGUGUUGUUAAUAAUGAUAAUUUUUUAUACUGGGGAGAAGUUAUAAAAACAUCUAAAGAAGGUACUGAAUACACAUUUCGUGUAAUUGAACAAACUGAAUUUAUAGAUGAUUCAACAUUUCAACCGUUUAAUGGAGUGAAAAUGGACCCAUAUAUCAAACGCUGCGUGGCCACUAAAAUUGAAUCAGCUGAAAAAUUAAUGUAUAUUUGUAGAAGCCAAUUAGGUAUUGAAGAAAAAUUUGAACAAAAAGUGUUACCUUUCGGUAAAUUCAAUGUUGAUGGUUUUUUAUGCGUGUUUGAUGUCAGUGUAGUACCCGGUCGCAGUAUAGAAAAACAAUUAGAAACUGUGACAAAUAUAUUAAAAAAUAUAAAGACUACAACAAAACCUGUGGUAUUAGUAACUACCAAGAACGAUGAAUUAAAUGAAACAUAUGUUCAAGAAGUUCAAAAACUUGUAUCUCGAAAUGAAUUUAAGAAAGCUAUACCAAUUGUUGAAACAUCUGCUUGUCUGAAUGUUAAUGUUGAUGCCGCUUUUAUUGCUCUAGCUCAUAUUAUUGAUAGAUUUAAAGGCCGUACAAAAAUAGUUCCUUAUUUGGAAUCUGACUACAGACUAUUGAUGCAAACCAGACGUUGGUACAAUUAUAAAACAACUGAUAAUUUUGAAAAUUUUGAAGACGAUAUAGAACGCCACAGUUUAGACGAUAUGUAUGAUGAUAUGACAUUACAUCAAAUCCAGACAUGA